AGUUCUUUCCAUCCUAUAAAGGUCUCCUGUAGCUGUUGUAGAAAAGACGCCUUCUUCCCCGCUGCAACUCCAACUUCAUCUUAAUCAUGUAAGUAGCUGUGGAACCAUGUCGCGAAAUGACGAGGCAGGAUGCUCUGUUCAACUCUAACUCUAGCUUUCCUGAGUCACGUUGAACAAGGGUUUUCCCUCUCUGUUGCAACAAGAAGUUUUUACAGUACUACUACCGGCUCAUCUACCGCAUCAAACAAGAAAAAUUAUGCCGUGGUUCGUCGUGUUGACAACAGAUUUCUUCAAUACAGCGGCUUGACCGCCUUCUCAAGCAGUGCAGAGGCACCAGCAGACGUUGUAAAGAAUGCAACGAGGAAUACCCCCGGCAGCAGCACAGAAGCAGAAGCCCCCAAGCCAUGCACAGGCGAAGACAGUUUGAGCCAUUCGGCUUCCUUCAACUGCACCAAUGUCACAGCAGGUUCGACUUGUGAGGCUUACGCGUGUAACGAGGGCUUCGUGAGGAAUGGCACUUUCGUGUGUCCAGCCAAUGGGACGACCUUUUCCGCGGUUGGUCGCUGUGAGCAGCUCUACUGCACGUUGGAGUUGCCGUCGAAUGCGACGAAGUGGAAGACAGAAAACGCCGCUUCCACUUCAAAGAAGAUCGCAGCUGGCACAACCCUUUCAUCCGAGAAUGCUAUAGACUGUGCAACCGGAUUCACAGCUAGUGGUGAGUUCCAAUGUGCGAAAAAUGGAAGGAGCAUCAAGUCCAAGGGUGUUUGCAAACGCAAUCUGUGCGAUCCGAUCCUUGCUCCAGAUCAUAGCGUAAACUGGGGCGAAGCCGGAGCAGCUGGAGGCAAUACUAGCUCAGUUCGUCUUGCAUCGAACGAGACUCGAGCUCUAGAGUGCAAGGUUGGCUACCUACCGAGGGGCGUUUUUCAGUGCGAUGCUGAAGGCAAGAAUGUCUCACAACGAGCAACCUGUGAAAGACAGUACUGUAAAGGAGUAGUGAAACCGGAACACGCGAUGAAUUUCACCUGUAACGACAUUGCGAGUGGAGAAAACUGUUCACUGACAUGCGAUACUGGCUUUGAGCCCCUUUUGAACGUCUCGCAUUUCGUCUGCAAUGCCGACGCUUCGAACGUAACGCAAACAGCUUCUUGUACCCGGAAAACGUUGAAGCCAGUACCACCGAUUCACGCAGUGGCACCUUUCGUUAAGAAAGAUAAGUUCUACCUCUCAGUCCACUCGUCGAUGUUGAUAAUUUUAACUUUCUCUCUCUACUUCUACAUCGUCGUGCACACCACCCACACACAACUCUAAUCUUCCAUGUGCCUCCAUGGCACCCAACACGACCCUCUAAUCUCCCAUGUGCCUCCAUGGCACCCAACACGACCCUCUAAUCUCCCAUGUGCCUCCAUGGCACCCAACACGACCCUCUAAUCUUCCAUGUGCCUCCAUGGCAUCGAAUAG